UCCGACUAGUAUCGAGGAGGCCAAGAAAAUCGUGUGUCCUCUGGAUUUACCGCAUGUGAAAUACCAUGUGUGCUUGAACGAUUGCAUCAUUUAUCGGAACGAGCACGCGGAGUCUACCAUAUGUCCGGUGUGCGGCGUCAGUCGGUACAAGAAGGGGAAGAAAGCUCCUCGGAAGGUGGUGUGGUACUUUCCGAUCACUCCUCGUCUGCAGCGGUAUUUCGCGGAUCCUAAGCAAGCAAAGCUAAUGCGCUGGCACGCGGAGAUGAGGAAGGGAGAAGAUGACGCAGAUGAUCCGGACAAAAAGAAAAAGGACAGGAUGUUGAGACACCCUUCGGAUGCUAGCCAGUGGAAUGCGUUGAACCUCGAGUACCCAGAAUUUGGGGACGAUCCUAGGAACAUAAGGCUGGGCGCGAGCACCGAUGGAGUCAAUCCGUUUGGCAGCCAGAGCAGCACGCAUAGCACCUGGCCCGUGUUUGUGUGGAUGUACAACCUCCCCCCCUGGUUGUGCAUGAAGAGGAAGUACAUUCAAAUGAGUAUGCUAAUUGAAGGGCCGAAACAACCAGGGAACGACAUCAAUCUGUAUAUGGGGCUUCUGAAAGAGGAGCUAGCCACGCUAUGGGACACGCCUGCCAAUACGUGGGACGCCGCCGCGGAAGAAUAUUUCCCUAUGAGAGCCGCACUGCUCACGACGGUGCACGACUUUCUCGGUUACGGAUAUGUCGCGGGGCAGGUGGUCCACGGAUUCAAUGCAUGCGUCAGGUGCAUGGACGACACAACGUACCGCCAGCUAGAUAGAGAUCCCGGGUCCUCGAAAACGGUGUUCAUGGGACAUCGGAGGUGGCUUCGCGAGGACGACCCAUGGAGGAAACGCAAGGAU